AUGAGCAAGAGCGAACCAACAUUAGACCAGUAUACACAGCUCAAAAACCAGCUCACGCAACAGAUCCUCAAGAAGCAAGAUCUAGACGCUCGGCUCCUGGCGCUAGAGGAGAGCAUUUAUGACAAGGAAACAGAUUACUUCAACGAAAGCACAUACGGCAAUAUCGUGAAAGGCUUUGACAACUUUGCUAAGUCACUUUCGGGGAGCUCCAGCAAGAAGAAGAUGGUAUAUACAGAAGACGACCACAUUUUUAGCAUGUCUUCUGCGACGUUUGUUAAAGCUCUUCUGAAAAGGGAAGGCAGUGCAGCGCCAGAUUUGGAUGACUAUGAAGAUUCAGUUGAUCCCAAUGGCGGAAAUAAUGCUUCAGGAAAGGACAGUAAUAGCGGGACGCCGGUAAGGAAAAGGAAAAGCCGAUUUGACGAAAAAUAG